UAGGAAGGAAAAUGGCAGCCUCUUUUUACAUUUUCUUAUCAUUUCCCUUUGACUCUGCUGGAUCACAUUUAAAUGACUAGUUAAUAGCUACAACAACAUGUAUCAUCCUAUCUAGAUACAAUGUAGCAAAAUAAUCUCUUGUCAAUGUCCAGCUAAACUGUAACGGCUAACUGUUACAUCAUAGAUUGGUCGUUGAUGCUAACCAAAACAAUAUCAGGCAGUCACCUCUGCCAACUAUUAGCGAAGAAGAGGUCUCAACUGAGUGUCGGUGCUCCUUUCUCUGUUGUCCCCCAUAUCUGUGCCAUGUAGAAGGCAGUGAUUCGCCCAUAAACGUUUGCAAAUGAAAAUGGAGGAUAUGUCUCUGUCGGGCCUGGACAACACCAAGCUAGAGGCCUUGGCUCAGGACAUCUACUCGGACCUGGUGGAGGACGCCUGUUUGGGCUUGUGUUUCGAGGUGCAUCGUGCUGUCAAACAGGGCUACUUCUUCCUGGAUGACACGGACCAAGAAAGCAUGAAGGACUUCGAAAUUGUUGACCAACCAGGAGUGGACAUUUUCGGGCAAGUGUACAAUCAGUGGAAGAACAAGGAGUGUGUGUGUCCCAACUGCAACCGGAGCAUUGCUGCGUCCCGCUUUGCCCCUCAUCUGGAGAAAUGCCUGGGCAUGGGGCGCAACAGCAGCCGCAUCGCCAACCGCAGAAUAGCAAGCAGUAACAACAUGAACAACAAAUCGGAGAGUGAUCAGGAAGACAAUGAUGACGUCAAUGACAAUGACUGGUCGUAUGGCUCAGAAAAAAAAGCUAAGAAGAGAAAGUCAGAUAAGGUAUUUUUACAUUCUUUGAAACAACAUGUACCUUUGGUAAGUUUUGUUGCCGUGGGGAUAUUUAUUCAUGUUUUGUAUGUUGUUUUUGUCCACAUGUAAUUGCAAGGGGGCCAAUAGAUAAAAAAAUAAGGAUUUCUGGUAUCCCUCUGUCCAUUCUGCUAGGGCCGGGAUGAUACCAGUAUCGCGUUACUCGUUAGUAUCGUGGCAAGGAAACUUCUUUAGGAAAACAGCCCCAAUGUUGGAAGCAAACAUCAUUAAGCUGUUAUCCAGUCACAUUUAUUUAUUUUACAAGCUAUAGUGCACAUUUUACAAACAGCAGCUUUUUAAAGGACCAAAUAGUUUGCUCUGCAUUGUGUUUGAAUUUUUCUCAUGGAAUUUUUUUUGCCAUACUGAUAUUGUCCCAGCCCUAAUUUUCUGCUUGCAAGGAUGAGCAUUUUAUUUGUUUUUUACAAAUUCAAUUGGAUCAAGGGGUGUGUGCUUCACUUUUCCUGUUGCAUGCUUCGCUAGUUGUAGAUCAGUGUGAAUCUAAAUUGACAGUUCUUCUCUUGUUGUGUAUUAUUUCCUUAGAAUCCAAAUUCACCCAGAAGAUCAAAAUCUGUAAAGCAUAAAAAUGGGGAGCUUAGUAAUAGUGUCAAUGCAGAUCCAUACAAGUACAACUAUAACACUGGCAUCAAUUACGAAACUUUAGGCCCUGACGAACUGAGGUCUCUGUUAACAACACAAUGUGGAGUGAUCUCGGAGCACACCAAGAAGAUGUGCACCAGGUCGUCUCUGCCCGAUGCAGACACAAUGGUGGAGAGUGACUGCUACGACGCCUCAGACGGACAGGUUCUCAUGAGUCGCCUACAGUGGGACGGAUCCUCAGACAUCUCCCCCUCCGAUUCAGGCUCCUCCAAAGCCAGCACCAACAACUCAGACUCUAAGAAGCCCAAGAAGAAGAAGAAGACGUCUCUUGGCCUAAACAGCACAGGAGGAGGAGGGGGCGGCAGUGGGAGUGGAGGGGGCAGCAGCUCCCAGAGUAGUCUAGUAGGCCUAUCCAACAGAAAGAAGAAGCCCAAGCUUCCUGUUCCCCCUGCCCCCAGUAUCUAUGACAACCUAAACUAGGGUAGUCCCAGUCUGCCCCCCCCCCCACACCGUACCCAGGAAGGUGACUGGAGGGUGACAUGGAAUUCUGAACCGAGCUUCAUCCACUCAUCCAGCUCCCCAGCCUGUCAAGUCAUGGUCUCAUACCUAACAGAGGUACAGAUACCAAUGUCCUCUCAGUGGCAAAGAUGAUAACCCAUUAACUCACAUCCACUCACACACACAUUAAUAUCAGCCCUGAUUAGCCCAGGGGUUGUAACUUCUCUUUAUUCAUAACUGGACACAGCACCCCUUCAUUUGAACGCCAUUCUUAUUUGUUUGUUGUUGAAGACAAUAUUUAGCAAUUCCAGUUAUAAAGAAACAUGGGUCAUUGAUUGUUCACUUUAAUUAUGUUUUUGUUAAUCAGUGAUUUCGGCUUCAGACAUGGACCAAUCACACUCCGCUUUUUUGCACUCUGAUCUGUUUUUUUCCUGAAAACAAAACAUUGCUUUAUUUUUGACUCUGUUUAGGAGGGGACUUGUAGACUAAUUGCAUCACCUUACGACUACAGCUUUGUUAUUAUGGUGGGGGAUGUCAGUGACAUCUUGUUGUUUCACCAGUAUUGGGGUACUUGAUGGUGGCUUUAUCCGUACUAGCAUUGUAUUGCACAGUGGUGUAUGUGUGGGUGCAUGUGUGUAUGAAUGUUUGUUGUGUAAAGUUGACUGUUUUCCAUGUUGUGGGCCUGUGUGUGUGAUUUCAUUUGUUUUCAGAUUACUAUGCAUCUCUGAAUGUGCCAUUGUGGUUGAGUCAGUAUAUGUGUUAUUUUGAAUAUUUAACUUUUUUGGUUUACAUUGACUAUGUCAAGUGAGAAUCUGUAUUUAAUGUCUGCACUCAGUAAAUUGUAAAUGCAGAUGUUGACAUGUAUCAUGGAGUGAGCCAGUGCGUUUUUGUAUACCGAUACAUGUGGUAUGAUGACCUAUGUAAAAUAAUCAUGAUUUAAUUGGAUACUGUAUACAUACAGUUUCAUGCUAAACAAUGCUUCUUCCCUGUCUAUCUUUACUGUUUCAUACUCAGUCUGAAGUUUCUCCAACCUGCUUCUGCUGCAAAUCAUAAUAUCACUCUAUACAAGUUGUAGAUCUCGCAUUGCUUCCUGUUGAAUAAUGCUAUAGUAUAGUGGAGUCAACCUGCUUUUUUCUCAAUAAUACUCUAGGUCAAUCUGCAUCACUUGACUUGCUUUCAAAGUCUGUCUCUGCUUAUGUGCAGUGUCUAUGCACUUGUAGGAAUUCAAAUCCGCCGCCACUUGUUGCAUGGGAUAUUUCAAACUGUUAUUCUUGCCCUUUUCAGUUUUACUCUAGCUAACGAGUUAAGUUUGAUAUAUAUAUUGUUAUUCAUUCCUGUUUGAGAGGCCCACCAGACUAUACUUGCUAGGGAGAAUCUUAUAUACCCUGAGUUUUCAUUUAGAACAUUCAGCCAGUGAUUAAGUAUGACAUCACUUUGAUGUGCACUAAAAGAAUCAACCUUCAAGUGAAAAAACACAUUUUGGGUAUGGCUGAUUUCAUUUGUCCCUCUUUACGGACAGGGUAAAGAAUGGCCUGUAUUACUAAUGCUGCGUAACUGUUUAUUUGUGUGUAUCAGUGUGUCUCUGAACAAUAUGAGUGUGGACAAAUGACGCAAUAGAAAAAGUGUCUUCACAAAACAAAAACAACUUUUUUCAUGCACGUGUGUGUGUGUGCCAUGUGCAAAUAUGUCAAUUGUAUAUUAAUGUGAUGCACAGCUAGGUUCUCUUUAUAUCCCAGUUCCCCAUGUGUACAGAAGUUUCUUUGUCUGAGUAAAAUGAAGUGUCAUUCAGAUU